UUAAUACUUAAGUUAUAUAUUGAUUAAAUCGUUUAUCUUGUAAAAAAAGAAAUUGUGGAUAAGCAUGCAGGUUCGUUGAAUUAAAGAUAAAGUUUCAUUUUUGUACCUUUUACUCAUCGCUAUGAUGACGCACACACAUUCGUAAAACGUAUGACUUAACCCAGAACUGUAUCGAAGAAUGAAUUACACAUCCAGAUCACAAGAGACAUACACAAACAUAUAUGCGUGUGCUUGCACGUGUAUAUAUAACGUGCUUAAACGCGUUAUCAAGUUAAAAUCGUAAGUGUUUAAACUUCAUACAUCGUUGGUUAAUACUGUUAAUACUUUCCAUGGCAUCUUUAUCAGCUCGUAUCAGAGGAACUUUCGUUUGCUCAGAUAGUUUUUAUCAGUUUCUUGCUUGAACGUUCCAAUCUUCAAUGUGAUGAUCUGUUAUUAACAUCUGGUGAAUAGUAUUCAACGGUUUGGUAUAUAAAAUUUGAUAGAAUGAAUAAUAAUAAUAAUAAUAAUAAUAAUAAUGCACAUGCCGUGGUACGUCGUAGCGUGCCGUGUUAUUUUUGUAACGAAUUUUUGGAAGAAAGAUAUUUGUCGGAACACGUUAAACAUUGUGGCGCAGUGUUAGAGGAAUGUCCACAUAAAUGUGGUGUUUACGUGCCAAGAAGGAACAUGCAGAUACACGAUAGAUCGUGUUUGAAGAAAAUAUCAAAGAGAAAUAGCGAGAUCAAAGUAGAUCCGAAUGAUUCUAUGUGGAAAGAAAAAGUAUUGUCCAUAUUGACUUUAUUACGUGGUGCAAUAGACGAUACGGAAAGGGAACGUAAACGUUUGAACGAGACGAUGAUCAAUAAUUUUGCUUUAUUGCAUCGCAAACAAGAAAUACUUGAAAUGAUGCGAUUGAAUACGAUCGAAUCGUUAGAGGAAACUCGUAAAAAUAAUUCAACGUUGGAACAAAGAUUGAAUAAUCUUGAAUUGGGUUGCGAUAGUAUGGAACAACGUACUUGCAUGAGCUUUCAAAAGAUCUCGGAACAAUUGCAAUUAUUGCAGAUGGGUUUAAACGAGGAACAAAAUAAACAGGACAAAUUGUUCGACGAUUGGAUCAAAGAUUUGAGCGAAUUGAAAACGUUCGUUGCUAAAGAAAGUAUACUUGUCAGUGGUAUAUGGCAAGAACAAUUACAGAGAAUUCACGAUUUGAAAUUAGAGUUAGAGAUGAGAUGUAAGGAUUCGAAAGAUUUGAUAAAGAAAUAUGAAGAACUUCAGGAUAAAAUUAAUUCCAUUGGGAAAGAAACUCGUGAACUUGUUCGUACAACUAACGAACAACGAAAGGAUAUAAAAGGGUUGAGGUUUCAAGCUAAAGAAAAUGUGAUUUACCUUGAAGAACUUGUUAAAGAUAGUAGUUUGAAAGUUUCAACUUUGGAAAAUAGUGAUAGCAGUGAAUGUAAGUGUUGUUUAAGAGAACUCGGACCAUUUUCUACGAACGGUCGUCUCAUAUGGCGAAUUGAAAGAUAUAAAGAAAAAAUAAACAUUGCCAAGGAAGACGAUAGUCCGAUUUAUAGUCCAAUAUUCUUGAACAAGGAUUACGGAUAUACCCUUAGAAUGGAAUUGUUUCUUAACGGUCUGGGUCAAUGGAAAGAUCGUCACGUUAUUGGAUGCCUUAAAGUAGAAAAUGGGAAGUGGGAUCCAUUGUUAGAUUGGCCUUGCAUUUUACGAGCUACGGUUAUAUUGAAGGAUCAAGAUAAUCCUGCUAACGAUUUGCGAAAAAUCGUUAAAAGUGUUAGACGCGAGAAUAGUGAUACGGAAAAGCCUGAUAAAGAAUCUGGGUUGUAUAUGUUCAUUCCUCACACAACUUUGGCUAGACAUUCAGGAUAUACCAAGAACGAUGUUAUAUUUUUAGAAAUUCAAGUGAAGGAUAUAAAAAAGAGUGAUUCCAUGCCGUCCUUACUUACAUAAAUUGUUGCUAAUAUUAUCGGUUAGCUAAUUAACUAAACUAAACAAAUAAAAUCAAAUAAAAAAGAAAUUAGAAUAAAUAUAUGUAUAUGAAAUUAACUGUCCAUUGUAUAAUCCUAGUAACACUGUUAUAUGUUUCUAUCAACCUUUUCCUUCUA